AUGGAACUUAAGGUUGGUAAGGUGUUGAGCGUAGAAAAUCAUCCCGAGAGUGAGAAACUAUACGUUGAGAUGGUCGAGUGCGGAGAGGACGAACCGCGUCUCAUUUGCUCUGGUUUAGCGCCAUACAUGAGCAAAGACGACGUUUUAGGCAAACUCGUCAUCGUCGUGGCGAACUUAAAGCCACGUAAUAUGGCUGGGAUGAAGUCGAACGGUAUGCUCUUAGCCGCAUCCGAUGCAGCGCACGAAAAUGUUGAGUUGCUCUGCGCUCCGGAAGGCGCCGUGCCAGGCGAACGCAUCACAUGGGAUGGCGCGGAGAAUAUCGAGCCGCACGGCGUCAAUAAAGUUGCGAAAAAGAAGAUAUGGGAGGGUGUUCAAAAAGAUUUGAAGACGGAUGCGACGAAAGGAGCGAAUUGGAACGGGCUACCGAUGCUGACGAGCGCGGGUCAGUGCACGUGCGCUUCACUCACUGACGCUAACGUCGGCUAA